GGCGGCCUCGGCGUUGGCGGGAAAGCUGCUCAAGAUGGCUGCGGAGAAGCUGAGGGGCAAAGUGGGCGCCGCCUUCAAGAUGCACGGCUUGCUGCUCCGCGCAGAAGCUACCAAGUAUCUCACAGAAGCUCUUCAGACAGUUAAUGAAGUGGAGCUUGAAGAUAUGAUAGAAAGUAUAAUUGACGCUGUUGAAAAGCAGCCUUUGUCAUGUAAUAUGAUUGAAAGGGCCAUGGUGGAAGUAGCAGUCCAGGAGUGCAGCCAGUCCUUAGAUGAGACCAUGGAACAUAUUUUCAACAUCAUUGGAGCAUUUGAUAUCCCCAGAUACGUUUACAAUUCUGAAAGAAAGAAGUUUCUCCCCUUCUCCAUGACCGGCCAUUCUGCUCCAAAUUUAUUCGGCUCUGCCAGGGAUAAAGCAGAACUGUUUCGUGAGCGCUACAUCAUCCUGCAGCAGAGAACGCAUAGGCACGAACUGUUCACACCAUCUGCUAUUGGCGCACCUGCAGAGGAAAGCAGAAGUAAAUUCCAGCUGAAAACUAUAGACACUCUCUUGGGGAACUCAGCUAAAGUUAAGGAAGUUAUUGUUCUGGGGAUGAUAACCCAGCUGAAAGAGGGAAAGUUUUUCUUGGAAGAUCCAACAGGAGUUGUCCAGCUGGACAUUAGUAAAGCACAGUUCCACAGUGGCUUAUACACAGAGUCAUGUUUUGUUUUAACAGAAGGCUGGUAUGAAGAUGAAAUAUUUCAUGUCAAUGCAUUUGGCUUCCCCCCUACAGAGCCUUCUACAACGACCAGGGCGUAUUAUGGAAACACAAACUUCUUUGGAGGGCCUUCUUCGACCUCUGUGAAAUCUUCUGCGAAACUGAAACAGCUGGAAGAAGAAAAUGAGGACGCCAUGUUUGUGUUCCUUUCGGACGUUUGGCUGGACCAAGCAGAAGUUUUGGAGAAGCUGCGCAUUAUGUUUUCAGGUUACUCCUCCAUGCCUCCAACUUGCUUCUUCUUCUGUGGGAACUUUUCCUCUGCCCCAUAUGGAAAAAACCAAAUUCAGUCGCUAAAAGGUUCACUGAAAGCCCUUGCAAAUAUCAUAUGUGAAUACCCCAGUAUCCAUAAGAGCAGUCGAUUUGUGUUUGUUCCUGGCUCUGAAGACCCUGGCCCAGGCUCAAUUUUGCCAAGACCGCCACUUCCUGAGAACAUUACUGAAGAGUUCAAACAGCAGGUGCCAUUUUCAGUCUUCACUACAAACCCUUGCAGAGUCCAGUACUGCAGUCAGGAAAUAAUAAUCUUUAGAGAAGACCUGGUAAAUAAGAUGUGCCGGAACUGUGUCCGUUUUCCUAACAGCAACUUGGAUAUUUCUAAUCACUUUGUAAAGACUAUUUUAUCACAAGGACAUCUGACUCCAUUACCCCUUAAUGUUAGUCCUGUCUACUGGGCCUAUGACUAUACAUUGAGAACCUACCCUCUGCCGGAUCUCAUUGUCUUUGCUGACAAAUAUGACCCGUUCACUGUGACCAACACUGAUUGCCUCUGCAUAAAUCCCGGAUCUUUCCCAAGAAGUGGGUUUUCAUUCAAAGUAUUCUACCCAUCUAACAAAGCAGUGGAGGACAGCAAACUUCAAGAUAUUUGAACCUCAGGAAAUAACAGUAGAUCAAGUAUUCUGACCUUAAGAUCAUGGAAGCACCACUUCUGGAAUCAUGGAUUUUAUUGUAUGCUGCUAUUACAGAUAUUGAACGUCUUGUAAAUAAACUUUCAAAUAAUGGAUGGAA